AUUGUCAUAAACGUGGCGCGGCACGCGCUGCGUCAGUAUUCCGCGAGCUUCGAUCGCGUUCUGUUGCAGUUAACCGUUGAAGCAGGAACACGUCCCAUUCGAUAGUGAACUGCGGAGUAUCUACGAGAAACAGUGUCUUUCGUUUCCAACUGAGGAAUAGCCGAAUUCGAAGGAUGGCGGACGACAGUCACGAGAACGGAACGAGCAAUGGCAACGUGCCCGAGAUCGAGCUGAUCAUCAAGGCAUCCACGAUCGACGGUCGUCGAAAGGGCGCCUGCCUCUUCUGCCAGGAGUAUUUCAUGGACCUGUAUCUCCUUGCCGAAUUGAAGACGAUCUCCCUGAAAGUGACCACAGUGGACAUGCAGAAGCCGCCGCCGGAUUUCCGCACGAACUUCCAAGCCACGCCACCGCCGAUCUUAAUCGACAACGGUGACGCGAUACUGGAAAACGAGAAGAUCGAACGGCACAUCAUGAAGAACAUUCCUGGUGGCCACAACCUCUUUGUACAGGACAAAGAAGUAGCUACCCUCGUCGAAAAUUUGUUCAGUAAAUUGAAAUUGUUAUUACUUAACGCAAAGGACAAGGAUAAGGACCCGAAGUCCUCCUCGCUGAUGACGCACUUGCGUAAAAUCGACGAGCACCUAGGUCGCAAAGGUACUCGUUUCCUCACAGGGGACACGAUGUGCUGUUUCGACUGCGAGCUGAUGCCGCGGCUUCAGCACAUCAGGGUAGCCGGCAAGUACUUCGCGGAUUUCGAAAUCCCGGAAACCUUGGUGCAUCUGUGGAGAUAUAUGCAUCACAUGUACAGGCUGGACGCUUUUCUACAAAGCUGUCCGGCGGAUCAGGACAUCAUUAAUCAUUACAAGUUGCAACAGAGCAUGAAAAUGAAGAAGCACGAAGAGCUGGAGACACCAACCUUCACGACGAGUAUCCCGAUCGAGGUCAACGACGACUAGGCUGGCCCUCAGCCGUCGGGUCUACGAUCUCGUUGCUUCGACGCAGGAAAAUAUCGUUGGCAUCGGUGUGAAUGCGAACAGGGUGGCGCGUUCUCUGCGAAUGUUCUUCCAAUCCAACGGAUGAUUCCAUCCAUCGAGAGUCUACUAUUUUAUAAAGAGUGCUCUUACUAAGAAAAGGCAAAGUAAAGGUCAAAAAGUCCAGGUCGAACGCUGCCUUAUACCGAUUUCUAUAACACAUUUUGCUACGCAUAUUUGAUAAAUUGUCAUCGACAUUCUUUUAUGGCCUAAACAAAUACGAUGCAAAACAAGUAGCUUUUUUACCGCAGGAGGCACGAGGAGGAUACGUAUAAUAAUAAGUGUACUAUGGCUUUCGAAAACGAACCUGCAAACCUGUCCAGGAAACUUACAUUAUUUUGUUUCCCUUUUCGUUUUCUUUCCGUUUCAUUUUUUUUUUUGUUUUGUUACGUAUACAUCACGUACGUAAACCUCAUUUAAAUAGAAUUGAUUUUAGAAAAGGAAAGUAUUUUAAAGGACUAGCUAAUGACGAGACGUUCAACGAGGUAAACAAAAAUGCAAAAGAAACGUAUGCAUUUAUUUUUUCUUUCUUGUUUUGAAAAGUGCAUUUGUCGUGGUACAAUAAUAAAGUGACUGAUCGAUGAUCGCUGUACAUUCUCCGUCUCCGUCAUACUCCUUCAUCGUAUGUGCAUAAUCCGAAUGAGGGAAAGUAUUCUAGUCUAAUUUAUCCCGAUUUAAAUUCGUUGUUCGAACAAUUUUUGAAGUAAAUAACAUUCGGGCAAAUGUCGAUGCAUACGUUUCCUUCGAAUUUGUAAUUGUUUCUUACAGAUGCUGUAUUCUUUGAUUUAAAGAAAAAUGAAUCAUCGUUUGGGAAGCAGCAGACAGUGCUUAACUUUUAACUGAUACAAUUCAACGAUCUAACAAACUUGGUAUUAGUGUAAUUAUAUUAUUAUUAUUAUUAUUAUAUUAUAAAUGGUUAUACUACAA